AUUAAUUAUACGAGUGCAGAGGUCCGUAAUGCGCCGAAAAUCAAGCACAUCAAAAUCAAUAUUCUGUUUUCCCUGAAGAUUUGCAUUUGGGAAGAGGCGGAGGCGGAGGCGGAGGAUUGUUCAUAUUCCAUAUUCCAUCCCACGAAGACGAACACCAACGUUUUUGUUUCUUCCGUUCUCUGAAACAUCGUCGAUGGAGGAGGACACAGAAGCAAUGGCAGAGGACUGGUGCUUCGUCUGCAAGGAUGGUGGAGAUUUGAUUCUCUGCGGCAACCAAAAGUGCUCCAAGGUCUACCAUCUUGAAUGCGUUGGGUUCGAUGAAGAAAGUACCUCUGAAAUAGAAGAAACUUGGACCUGUGAUUGCCAUUGUUGUUGUAUCUGCAAGGAAGCCUCGGAGGUGCAGUGCUUCUGCUGUCCAACGUCCUUCUGCAGAAACUGCAUCAAAUUUGAGAAGUUUGCAGCAUUGCGAGACAACAAGGGACUCUGCAUCGAGUGCUGGACCCUCGCUCGCCUUGCGGAAAAUCUUUCAUCUUCCAAGAAAUAUGUGGAUUUUGAAGAUAGAGAUACACACGAGGGCCUAUUCAAAGAGUACUGGGAAAUUGUGAAAGAGCAAGAAGGGUUAACCAUAGCCGAUCUUGUGGCUGCGGAAGCCUUUUCAAACGCCAAAAGGCAAAUGAAAGGCUCCACGCCUACGCGGGUCCAAAAGAAGAACGCGCAAGAGUUCUCCUCUUCAAAGGCACAGAAAUUCUCUAAACCUCUAAAUGACUUUCUGACUUCCAUUGGGGUGGAUACAACCAAACAGCUAUCCCAACAAGACGUCAGUUCCAUAAUCUUAAACUACAUUCAAGAGAAGGACCUGAUUCAUCCCAUGAAGAAGAAGAAGGUCAUCUGUGACAAAAACCUGCAUCUCAUUUUCAAGAAGAACACGGUACCCUUGAAGAACAUUGACGUUCUUUUGGGGUCUCAUUUUUCAAUUACCAACAAUGGCAACAAGAGAUGCUUGGAAUCAGAUCAACAUGAACAUGAAAAUCAACAAAAUAAGCAGCAGAAGACAUUGAGCUGCUCUGAUGAGUGUGAGCAGAAAAAAUCCCCACCCCCAUCCCCAAAAUCCCCAAAGGAGAAAGGGCAUUUGGCAUCAGUAGUUGCCCAUAACAUGAAACUCGUCUACUUGAGGAGGAGCUUGGUGGAGGAUCUGCUGAAACACCCCGAAAGCUUUGAGGACAAGUUGGUGGGGAGUUUUGUUAAGGUGGUCAUGAAGGCGGCGGAUUCCUGUUGUAAAGGGAAGAUUUCUCAACAGCUCCUGCAAGUUACAGCUGUAAAGAGAAUGUCAAGCAGAGAUGGGAGAGAUAACGUCGUGCUGCAUGUUUGGACGUUGAAGGAUAUUCAAAUCUCCAUGCUCUCUGAUUCUGAGUUAACUGAGGAAGAUUGCCAGGAUCUGAGGGACAGCAUGGGUAAGGGUCUGCUCCCCAGACCCACUGUUGAAGAGAUUGAAAACAAGGCUCGGACUCUUCAUCAGGAUAUCAGCAAGCAUUGGAUGGAGAGAGAACUAGUAAACUUGCAAAACCGCAUCGAUCGCGCAAAUGAAAAGGGACGGAGAGGCGAGCUAUACCAGCUUAUAGAACAACGACAAACACUGAAGAAAGAAGCAGAGCAACAAGAACCGCUUCCCGCUGUCAUCCCAGACUCUUCAUUCAUUCAUUUUGUCCCAACACCAACAACGUGAUUUAAUCAAGCACUUUCAAGCUCAACUUCUUAAUUUUGCCAUAUAUAUAUAUAUAUAUA